GUGAGUCAGGGGGAGGGAUUUGAGUGUUUUGGAACACCCAAUGGUUGAGUUUGUUUUGCAUGGCCUGGUGGGCAGAGUUUGCUUAUUUUAAACCAUUCCAUUGGUCCUUAAGUGAAAUCUCUACACACCCGGGGCACCGGGACAUGCAAAACGAACUCCACCACUGACAGACGGAUGUGUAACUCCUGGAUAGUACUGUAUUUUACAGUACUGUUUAAUCUGGUUUACUGGGACAUUAUAUGGUCGCAGUUGUAAAUGAGAACUUGUUCUCACCUACCCUACCUGGUUAAAUAAAGAGCUGUGUAACCAAGAGUGGCCAGCAUGUCAGUGACUGUGACCAAAGGUGGAGGGGUGACUGUAUUUACUGUGAACUCUAAAGAAGGAAGCAAUUGGCCCCUGCUGUGUCAAAUACUUGGGACCUUGUGCUACAGCCCAUCAUGCUCUGUGUCCCAGGGACUGCGGAGGCUCCAAGCAAGUUCCCAGACAGCUCUGGGGACUAUACAGAUCAUGGUGGGAGUUCUCAACAUUGGCUUGGGAGCAAUCCUUGUUAGCACGGAUUAUUCUAGCUCACUGCGAUGGAAUGGGGUUCCUUAUUGGCUUGGUGGUGUGUUUAUAGCAGUUGGCAUCAUGUGUAUCUUGGCUGAGAAGUUCCCCAGUCCCUGCUUGGUGGGCAUCAAUGUUUUGAUGAACCUGUCAGGUGCUGCUCUGGCCAUUACUGGAAUUGUGCUGUAUGCUGUAGACCUUGCAAACUACAAUUUCUGGUGGAUUUGCAAUGGUGACAACUACAACUGGCGAGAUGACUACUAUGGCGGCCAGGUGACAAAACCACCCAGUGAUCCGGAGAGGGAUAGACUCUUGGCGAAAUGCAAAGAUGCCAAGCAGAUUGCACAGAUGUUGAUGAAUGCCUUGGACAUCGUGCUCAUCGUCCUUGCAGUCCUUCAGCUUUGUGUCACCAUAAGCUCUGCGGUGUUGGGUAUCAAGGCUUUGUACAAGAAUGGAAAGGAGGGAAAAGAGAACAUCCGGGACCUGGAGCAGUAUAAGCCUCUGCUGGAGGAGGUCACCACUAACCCUGCAGCUUAAAGAGCACUGAUCUGAUAUACUUUAUUGACCAGGUGGGGAAAUUUGUCAUGGAUGAUUAAAGAGUGAUGCUGCUUCCACAUGGAAUACAUAAAUAAAUAGAAUGAAAUGUAUUCUACAUAAAUGGAUCAUCAUACACCCCCCUCCACACCCACACAUUUGUUGUUAUACAUACAGUAUGUAGUACAUAUAGUUAACUUCCUUAAUUUACUGUAACGCCUACUGUGAUUUUGCUUUAUUUAAAUGACAACUGACACUGAUUGUAUGUCUUCAUGCUUUUUGUAUUUGUCAUUUUUCCAGAACUGAAAGGACAGUUAUAAAGGGGACUAUAUCAAGUUAAUUAAUGAAUUGACUGUUGUAUAUUCAUUUUUUUCUGCAUUUUGAUAAUUUCUUACUGUAUCUUUUAUUCUGUUGUCCCCCCCCCCCCCUCAAAAAAAAUAAACUAACUUUCUUAGCUCAA